AUGGGUGGUAUUGGCAAGACCACCCUUGUUGAUGCUGUAUUUCACAGGCACUCCUCUAAAUUUGAAGUUUGUUGUUUUCUUGCAAAUGUCAGGGAGAACUCAGAACAAACGAAUGGACUACAUCAGUUGCGAAAUAAACUUGUUGGUGAGAUAUUAAAGCAAAAAGGUGUAAAUAUCGACACUCCAUCUAUACCACCUCAUAUUCAAGAUAGGCUCAGGCGUACGAAGGCGCUCAUUGUUCUUGAUGAUGUGAAUGCUCGGAAACAACUAGAAGUUCUUGUUGGUGAUCAUGAUUGGUUUUGCCAAGGAAGUCGAAUCAUUAUAACUGCUAGAGAUAAAGGCCUACUUGAGCAAAAAGUUGACCAUGAAAAGAUAUAUAAUGUUGAGGGAUUAGGGUCUGAUGACGCUUUUGAGCUUUUUCAUUCGCAUGCUUUUGGAAACAAGUCUCCAACAACAGAUCACACUGAGUUGUCAAGGGAGGUGGUGGAUUAUGUUAAGGGCAAUCCAUUAGCUCUUAAAGUUAUGGGGUCCUCAUUCCGUCGUUGCAAGAGCAAACAAGAGUGGGAAGUUCAAUGGAAAAAAGUGAAACAAUUUCCAAACGAAGAAAUCAAUCAAGUGUUGAGAAUAAAUUACGAUGGAUUAGGAAAACAUGAGAAGGAGAUAUUUCUUGAUAUAGCAUGUUUUCAUAAAGGCUAUGAGAGGUAUUAUGUAAAAGAAUUAUUAGAUAGUCGUGAUUUCUUUGGGGAAGCGGGAAUCAAUGAUCUUAUUGAUAGCUCUCUUAUAUCAAUUUCAAAAGGAGUACGGUUAGGUAUGCAGUCAGAUGAACAGAUAGAUAUGCAUGAUUUGGUGCAAGAAAUGGGUAGGGCAAUUGCUCGAGAACAACGUAUUGAAAAACGCACUAGGUUGUUUAUUUCAGAAGAUGUCUAUCAAGUGUUGAUAAAUAACCAGAGAGCUCUACCUGCUCAAGCCAUAUCCGUUGACUGGAAUGAUAUUGAAAACCUACACUUGAAAGAUGCAAACUUCGAAAAGAUGUAUCAACUGAGAUGGCUACGUGUCGGUUAUUAUCAUCAUCAGUCGGGCAUUUCAAGUAUCUUCAAGUACCCAAUAAUUGUUUCUCUCGAUUUUCCCAAUUCUCUUAGAUGUCUUGACUGGUAUAGAUAUCCUUUGAAAUCUUUGCCAUCAAAAUUUUCUGCUCAAAAUCUUGUUGUCCUUAGUCUGCAGGACAGCAAAGUUGAGGGGCAACUUUGGAAUGAAGACGAGGGUCCUGUGAACUUAAAAUGGAUCUGUCUUAGUCAAUGCGAAGAUCUAACUGAAGUCCCAAAUCUUUCUCGGAGUCUAAAAAUUGAGCGUAUAAAUCUGAAUGGCUGUCAAAGUUUGGUUGAAAUUCCUUCGUAUUUUCAACGUCUUAGCAAGCUUACUUAUCUUGACCUUGCGCUGUGCUACAAGCUCAAAUAUCUUCCCGAGAUGCCAUGCAAUCUUGAAUUCCUAGAUUUAUCUGAGACAGCAAUAGAGGAAUUGCCUUCAUCCGUUUGGUCUCAUGAAAAAAUAUCUCAUUUAGAUAUUACAAAUUGUAGACACCUCAAAAGUCUUCCAAGCAACAGUUGUGAGCUGAAACUCUCGGGUUCUUUUAGUCUAGAGGGCUGCGAAUCUCUUCACGAGUUUUGGGAGCUUCCCAAGAAGACAAAGGCAAUUAUACUAUACAAUUGCAAAAACCUCGUGAGUCUCCCGACGUAUAUUUGGAAGUUGAAAUAUCUGGAGAGACUUAGUCUCUUUGAUUGCUCCAACUUUCAACACUUCCCAGAAAUCUCGGAGGCUAUGGAACAUCUGACGUUUCUUAAGUUAUCAGGUACAGCGGUUAAAGAAGUACCCCCAUCAAUUGGAAAUCUAGUUGCGCUUCGAAAAGUUUUUCUCACUAAUUGCAAGAACCUUGAGGUUGUCCCUGAUGACCUCUUUUGCUUAACCUCAUUACAAGAGUUAAAUCUGAGUUGGACCAAAAUUAAGAGCAUACCUGCAAGCAUCAAACAAGCUGCUCAGUUGUCUUGCCUGCGCCUAAGCAAUUGCAAGAGCCUUGAAUCUUUACCAGAGCUCCCCCCAUUGCUGCGAUAUCUUGAAGCACAUCGUUGCACGUCACUGAAGACAGUGUCAAGUUCAAGCACUGCACUCACACAAGGUUGGGGCGAAUAUAUAUUUUCUCGGGGGCUUCAUGAGAAAUAUAUAUUUUCUGGUUGCCCAAAGUUGGAUCAAGAUGCACGAAGCAACAUAAUGAGUGAUGCACAGCUCAGAAUUAUGCGAAUGGCAAAUGCGUUUUCAAAGUUUAAAGAGGACAAAAUUGAAGGAAAAAUUGAACAAGCAUCACAUGAUUCAGAAUAUAUGAUGAUGCUCUCUCUUUCUGAGCAGGAAUCUUUUCGCAAGAGAUCUUUCGUUGCCAUUAGAUGUUCUGGGAAUGAAAUUCCAAAUUGGGUCAGCCAUAAAAGUGAGGGAUGUUCAAUAAAGAUUGAGCUUCCUCGUGAUUGGUUUAGCACAGGUUUCUUGGGUUUCGCUAUAUCUCUUGUUGUUAGCUCUACUCCAUGGGAUAUGGAGAUUGGAUGCAAGUACAACUUCAAAACCAGUAAUGGUGAAAGCCAUGAAGUCAACCAUCGUUUGUUUCAUCUGCUCCCGGGAAAAUUCUUUGAAAGCGGAGAUUCACAUGAGGUGUUUCUGGGGUGGUAUAAUCAUGUCUUUGAAGAAGUAGUAGAAGGAGCUCCAAGCCCCAUUGCGUUUUACGAACUUGUUACUGAGGUCAAUGUUCACUUCCACUUGAAGAGUGUUUUUAAUAAGCCCUGUGAGGUGGAGGUGGAAAAGUGUGGGAUAUGUCUGUUGUAUGGCAAAGAUGCUGAGAUGAUAAAGCAGAGGGCUUUAUCGAUCAAGCGAUUAUGAAUGUUUAUCCUUAAAUUCAAUUUUAUUAUUAUUAUUAUUGUUAUUUAUUACUUAAUGGUUUUGAGUUUGAGGUGCAAUAUCAUUUUUAUUUGAGCUGUUUGCAAGACUCGUGGCUGAGGAUGGCCAAGGUGCUUUUGAGUUGAAAGACAGGUUCAUGUUGUCCUCAUCCUCCUUUUAUGUAUCUUCUGGCUGUCAUGACUUUGGUUUUUGAAAAAAGAAAAGCGUGCCCAGUGGACAUGAGAAGAGCUGUGAUUGGCCGUCGUUUUGGAGUCAAACUCUUUACAGAGAGAGAAGCGAUUGGGACAACGGAUGCCAUGAGAAGAGCUGAGUUUACUUUAGAAGACUAAUCAUCAAGAUCAUUAACAUCUUCUGCUGCUGCUGCUGAUACUGAUAUGCCCCCUCUUCAAGAAAAGUAUGAUGUGUUUAUAAGCUUCAGAGGUGAAGACACCCGCCUUACUUUUACCAGCCAUCUUUAUGAUGCUUUAUGUAGGCAGAAAAUCAAAACCUACAUAGAUUACAGGCUUGUGAGAGGAGGUGAAAUUGCGCCUGCCCUCCUCGAAGCAAUCGAGAGAUCUACGAUUUCGGUAAUCAUUUUCUCAAAAAAAAAAAAUUCUUCUUCCACUUGGUGUCUGGAUGAACUUGUGGAUAUUCUAGACUGCAAAGAAAAAAAAGGCCAGCUGGUUGUACCCAUUUUUUUCCGACAUCAGUCCAUCAGAUGUACGAAAACAAAAGGGGAAUUAUGCGCUUGCAUUUCGUCAACUAGAAAAACGCUUCAAGGACAAUAUCGACCCCUCUUUCUCCUUCGCACUUUCCUCUCUCCUCACAGUGUUUAGUAAACAACCACCAAUUUUAGAUGAUGAAAGUUGCAGACCAAUUUUGUAAAAGCUCUUCCGUUGGUUAUUCAAAUGGGAAGAUCCAAGUAAAAUGAAGGGGUUUAUCUAUUGAACAAAG